AUGUCCGAUCGCGAGGGCCACUCGGGCGCCCCCACAGACGAGGACCUCUCGCUCCCAAAGGCGACCGUCGCAAAGAUGAUCACCGAGCUGCUGCCCGACGACGUGACGUGCGCAAAGGAAACGCGAGACUUGGUGAUCGAGUGCUGUGUAGAAUUCAUCCACCUGAUCUCGUCCGAAGCGAACGAGAUAUGCGAGCAAGAGUCCAAGAAGACGAUCGCGCCCGAACACAUCAUCGGUGCCUUGCGGCGCCUCGGCUUCGAGACGUUCACCAGCGAAGUGGAGAGCGUCUUGAAAGACCACAAACAGCAGCAGAAGGACCGCGAAAAGAAAGUUUCUAAAUUCGUAGAGUCCGGGCUCACAGAGGCCGAGCUGCUCGCAAAACAAGAGGAGCUCUUCGCGCAGAGCCGCGCCCGCUUCCAGUCCCAACAGCAGCCCUCGUGA